GACGACACUAAAACAAACCCAAGUUGUCUCCUUUACUUCGUCUUCCCAUUCAUCACUUUCAAAUUCGGCACUCUCCGAUCACCGGAAAUGAGUUUCCGGCGAUUACCUUUUGUCUUUGUGCUAUUCCUUUACCUAAUCGUUUCUGCUCAGUCCCUUAACUUUGAUAAUUUGCGAAGGAAGCAAAAUAUCAAAGGACCCAUCAAAACCCUGGUGAUUCUUGUCAUGGAAAAUCGGUCCUUCGAUCACAUCCUCGGAUGGCUCAAGUCGACGCAUCCUGAAAUUGAUGGUCUCACCGGUCGGGAAUCGAAUAGGGUCAAUGUGACCGACCCAGAUUCCGAGGAAAUUUUCGUUUCUGACGAGGCUGUCUUCGUCGACUCUGAUCCGGGUCACUCCUUCCAGGCGAUAAGGGAGCAGAUAUUUGGGUCGAACGAGAGCUCGGCUAAUCCCGCUCCGAUGAACGGGUUUGCGCAGCAGGCGGAGAGUAUGGGCGAAGGCAUGGGGAAAACCGUGAUGAGCGGGUUCGAACCGGGUCGGUUGCCCGUUUACGCUGAGUUAGCCAACGAGUUCGCCGUGUUCGAUCGGUGGUUCGCGUCAGUUCCUGCCUCGACUCAGCCGAACAGGUUCUACGUCCACUCAGCGACGUCGUUUGGAGCCAUGAGCAACGUGAGGAAGGACCUCGUCCAUGGAUUCCCCCAAAAAACCAUCUUUGAUUCCCUUGACGAAAAUGGCCUGACGUUCGGAAUUUAUUACCAGAAUAUUCCGGCGACACUGUUCUUUUCGUCUUUAAGAAAAUUGAAACACGUUUCCAAGAUCCACAGCUACAGCUUGAAGUUCAAGCUCCACGCCAGGCUCGGGCGGCUUCCCAAUUACGCGGUGGUGGAGCAGCGGUACUUCGAUGUCGACGCAUUCCCGGCCAACGACGAUCAUCCGUCGCAUGACGUGGCGAGAGGGCAGAAGUUUGUGAAGGAGGUGUAUGAAACACUGAGAAGUAGUCCGCAGUGGAAGGAGACGGCUCUGCUGAUUACGUACGACGAGCACGGCGGGUUUUAUGAUCAUGUGCCGACUCCUGUCUCCGGUGUCCCCAACCCAGACGGAAUCGUGGGACCUGACCCAUUUUAUUUCCGGUUUGACAGGUUAGGUGUGAGGGUACCAACCUUUCUGAUCUCCCCUUGGAUUGAUAAGGGCACUGUGGUACAUGAACCAGUUGGGCCUACACCUGAUUCACAUUUUGAACAUUCUUCCAUCCCUGCAACAGUGAAGAAGCUUUUCAACCUAAACUCGAACUUCCUCACAAAAAGGGAUGCUUGGGCUGGUACUUUUGAGAGUUAUUUUAACCUCCGUGAUACUCCCCGUGAUGAUUGUCCAGAAACUCUUCCGGAAGUGAAGGUAUCGUUGAGGCCACGGGGACCAAAAGAAGAUGUAAAACUGUCAGAAUUCCAAGUCGAACUGGUCCAGCUUGCAUCACAGCUGAAUGGUGAUUAUGUCCUCAGUACUUACCCAGACAUUGGCAAGUACAUGAAUGUAGGCGAAGCCAACAGAUACGUGGAGGAUGCGGUCAAAAGAUUCCUGGAAGCUGGAAGAGCUGCCUUAAGAGCUGGAGCUAAUGAAUCUGCCAUUGUUACAAUGAGACCAUCUCUUACAAGUCGAGCCAAUGCAGAUCACAGCAGCUACCAUGAAGCCUAUUAGUCCAUUUUAUAAUUCCACUUGUAAAAUCAAAUCUGCACUAAAAUACUGUUCUCUGUAUAUCUAUCCAGCUGUUUACCAUAUAUUAUUAUAUCGACAACCUUACUUUAGGAUACCCAGUCUACAGACACACGAACUUAUUAUAUAUCAGGCACGUUCCUCUUGCUUCUGUAAAUUACUGGCACAUUGUUAGAUGAUUAAAUUUAGAAAUUUAUGUUUAAUUAUGUAGUUCUAGAAUUCAGGGUAUGUUUGGUUUAAGGGAAACAAAAAGGAGGGGAAUUU